AUCAGUCCAAUUCCCAAAUUUUUUUUUUUACUUUUUCUAAAGAAAUUCCAAUUUCACAAUCAGUCCAUUUUCAUCUCUUAUCUUCGAAGAGCUGCAAUCCAGAAACUAGCUGCCUUCUUCAGAAAAUAUCCUAAACGAUAUCUAUCUAAACAGAAGAAAUCUCAAAUCCGUCAACCAAAAUUCAAUCAUAUUCAUAAACCCUAACCCUAAUAAUGUUAGUCACCGUGGAAGUUACUUCUCUGCAGAGCAGAUGUUUAACGGUUCCACUUCGCUCUUUGCCAUUUUUUGGUGUUUCGCACUCUGUUUUCAAAACCCCCAUACUCGUUUCUCCUUUUCAAUCAAUUCGUAGAAAAAGCUGCUGCUUAGCUUCAUCAAGCUCCGACACCUUAGUGGUGGGUUCGCGCAAGGAAGAUGGGAAGGAAAGCGAAGUUGUGAGCAAGAAGGAGGAUGAAUUUGGGGAGUUGAAAUAUUGGAUGCACAAGAACGGGUUGCCUCCUUGCAAAGUUGUUCUUGAGGAGCGGCCUUCUCAUGAUGAGAAGCAUAAGCCUAUACACUACAUUGCUGCUAGCGAGGACUUACAGGCUGGUGAUGUUGCCUUUUCAGUUCCAAAUUCGUUGGUCGUGACGCUGGAAAGAGUAUUGGGGAAUGAAACUAUUGCGGAACUAUUGACCACAAAUAAGUUGUCAGAAUUGGCAUGCUUAGCACUUUACUUGAUGUAUGAGAAGAAACAAGGAAAGAAGUCAUUUUGGUAUCCUUACAUCAGAGAGCUUGAUCGUCAGCGAGGGAGAGGUCAACUUGCUGUGGAAUCCCCGAUUCUGUGGACAGAAGCUGAAUUGGCUUACCUAACAGGUAGCCCCACUAAGGCAGAAGUUCUUGAGAGAGCUGAAGGAAUUAAAAGGGAGUAUAAUGAGCUUGACACUGUCUGGUUUAUGGCUGGAUCCCUGUUUCAGCAAUAUCCAUAUGAUAUACCCACUGAAGCCUUUCCUUUUGAGAUUUUCAAACAAGCUUUUGUUGCAGUUCAGUCUUGUGUGGUGCAUUUGCAGAAAGUCAGUUUAGCUCGAAGGUUUGCUUUGGUUCCUCUUGGACCCCCACUGCUAGCCUAUAGGAGUAACUGCAAGGCAAUGCUCAGUGCUGUUGAUGGUGCUGUCGAACUAGUGGUUGAUCGCUCAUACAAAGCUGGGGAUCCCAUUGUUGUCUGGUGUGGACCACAGCCUAAUUCGAAAUUGCUUCUGAAUUAUGGAUUUGUUGAUGAAGAUAAUUCUUAUGAUCGUAUAGUGGUUGAGGCAGCUUUGAACACUGAGGAUCCUCAAUAUCAGGACAAGAGAAUGGUUGCUCAAAGGAAUGGAAAACUAUCAAGACAGGCUUUUCAUGUAUCUAGGGGAAAAGAAAAAGAAGCAGUUUCAGAAAUGCUCCCUUAUCUGCGACUGGGUUAUGUAUCAGAUCCUACUGAAAUGCAAUCUGUUAUUUCUUCUCAAGGUCCAGUUUGUCCAGUAAGCCCUUGCAUGGAAAGAGCAGUGUUGGACCAACUUGCUGAUUACUUCAAAACCCGCCUUGCUGGCUAUCCUACUUCUAUAGCUGAAGAUGAGUCAUUGUUGGCAGAUCCUAAAUUGAAUCCUAAGAAACGAGUUGCAACUCAACUUGUGAGGUUGGAAAAGAAAAUGUUAACAGCAUGCCUGCAGGCAACAACUGAUCUGGUGAAACAACUGCCUGAUGACACGGUCUCUCCAUGCCCAGCACCAUAUGCCCCUUUGUUGAGAUAAAAAAAUUGAUUAUGUCAAUGACAAUCUUCUAAAGUUGGAGAACUUAUUUUUCUUGGACAUUUUCAGUUCCACUGGGAGAAUGUAAACUAGAUAGAUUUAAGCUGCUGUAUUAUGCCUACCAACAAGAAGUGGAGCGUGUAGCUGAGUCUAGAAAGUGUAUAAAAGCAACCUGAAGCUAUGCUUGUCUAUUCAAAUGUGCAGAUCACAAGCUGUGAAAUGAAGGGUUGCUUCCCUAAGUAUUGGCAAUUUUUUCCCCCCCUGCCUGCCUUCUCCCCGAUUUUCCGUUCCCUUGCUGUCAUGUAUUCACUCUGAAAAUGUGGAUAUAAUCUGCCAGUGAGCUUGUUAUUAUACCAUUCCAUGAGUGAGGUAAAAAUUCACCACCUGUAAUUUGGCAAUUCUUGUUUCCCAUUCUUUGUAAAUGCAGACCUGGAUGACGCUGAUUAAUCAAAUCCCAUUUCCACAACUUUUGUGCUACA